CAGACUUCUCAAUCUAUAGGUGAUUGAUUAUUUUGGUGAUGUUCAUUUUCGCAGCAAUAUAUUAAUUUCUGCGGAUCAGGACUUUCUAUUCUGCAACACCUUCUUUCGUGUGGGGUACAACUCCAAGCUCCCCAGGGUGCCGGCUGUUUUCGACAAGAAAGCAAUUAGACAUGCUAUCCACUUGGUGUCAACAAUCGGAACGCAGUCGGUUUGGCAGAAGGAAUUAUAUGCAGGAACCGAAGCUGUGCAUGCUGCAUUGUGGCAACUCCACACGUUCUCAGCUUACCAGCUGAUCUAGCUCUACGGUGCAGGAACUACCGCUUGACAUCCGCUGCUAUGGUGCAGCGAUUACAAUUGACGGAGUUCAUAGUUUUUAAAGAUGUUUCUGUCCUUUUUUGUAUAUUGUUUCACCGUUUGUGGUGUGCUAGCUUUCUGUUGGCUUUUGGUGGCCUUCGGCUUUCGGUGGCUUUUGGUGGUGUUGGCUUUUGGCUUUUGGAGGCGUGUGUAGGCUUUUCGUGGCUUUGGUUGGCUUCUGUUGGCUUUUCGUGGUUUCAUUCACUGAUAUUGAUAUUGGGGAUAUAUUGUUUUAAGAGGCCUAGCUGUGGGAAGGAAAGAAGGAAGGAGGCAGUGGUGUCGUGAGCGCAGAAGUCAUUCCAUUGCAGCACACCGGUAAAAUGUUGGAAGAGGCAGAGGCAAGCGCAAGGCAACAGACCUAGUGUGAGAGCCACCGGGGUCUCAGUCUCUACGCCUGCGGACCUUCCAACUUCCUUUCAACCCCGGAGGCAUUGCAGAUGGCAGGCUUGUCCUUGGCGACCCGUCAGGCCUCGGUGCCUCGUGGGAGCCUUCUACCUUGCGAAGGCCUCCGUGAACGCUUCGUGGCCUUUGCCGAUGCCGUGCUUUUGCCCUUAGCGCAGUUCUUCCAGGUGCCCAAAGAGAGCCUGGCAGCAGGAGUAGGUCCUGGCAUUGGCCGCGGCCGCAACGUGCACGGCCUCAUUUGCUUCCACCUUCCUCAGGAGGUCCGCAGGCCGGACCUAUGCCGUUGGUACUGCGAGAUGUGUCGCCUGUUGGCACACCAUGGCGCGGGGGAAGACUUCAGCUCGGCAGAGGUGGCCUCUGCUUUGACUGCUCAGCACAUGGCGCGCUUCUUGCAGUUCCAGGCGUCACUGAGACGAAGACGAUGAGGAAAACUUGCAGGGUCGUGGAAAUGCAGGGGGCAGAGCUUCCGUACUGUUGAAGUCCUGUUGCACCAGCU